UUUUAUGAGUGACGAUCUCAAUUCCCAUGAAUUGUUCGAAAUUAUUUCGUUCGUCGAUGAAAAAAAGAAAUAUUUUAAGGACAAAUUUACGAGAUGGUUACAUAGCAACAACGGUUAUAAACAAUGACUUUCUUAUUCUGAAUUUAAGCGGCAUUGUAAUAAUGUUACAUUAAAGUCAGUCGUGCAUUUAGAAAAUAAUUAACAUUAUGAGAGAGUGAACACUAAUUAAUUCAUAAGAUAUGCAAAUGAGUAAUUUUGUAAAUGAAUUUUAAUCUGACUUAUGUUAAGAAUAGCGGAACAUUUAGGUUAGGUGGAUGUUUUUGAAUAACGGAACAAAGAGUAUCAAUCUUAAUAAAUUAAUUCGGAGUAACGAUUGUUUUCUUCUUAUUUUUUCAGCGGAUCACAAAUGGAAAAUUAGGGUAGUAAAAAGGCAACUCAGAAGCACUUUCAUGGAACGCCAUAUGAUUUAAUGGAACUUUUCGUCAGAGCAAGGCUUAAAGACAAGGCUGCAACUAUUGACUGCCAUAUUGAACAGGGAUAUUUAAAAUCAUUUUAGUUUUUGCCGACAUUGUAGAUGUGUCCUUCUUCGAAUGAAAUUUAAAAAAGAAAAGUUUCGCAUACUUAAGUGCUACGUGUGUGUUUUCGGAUGAUAAAGAAACGUUAAUUCGGAUAACAGAAAUAAAGAUACCACACAACUCAAGGAAAUCGUAUAUACGCAAUGGGGCUUUACGAAAACAACAAUGCUGGGGUGGAGUCAGCCGAGAAUCUGCACAAUCGGGACGGCGCUGAGUCGUCUGCUUCCGAGUCCUCGGAUCACCAAGAGCGCGGUAAAAUUCUCGUCUGCAUCACAUUCCUUCUGGAACUUGUAAUCUUAGCUGGUGUUAUUGUGUUGGAAUAUUUUCUGAGAUGGACGACCGUCUUUCCGAUGCGGAAGGUCAAUUUCACGUGCACGGAUCCGGCUAUCUCGCACGGGGAGGCGGAUCCCUCGUUUUCUUCCUUCUCGUUUAACGCCGUCAUCCCUGAGAAUAUCGUCUACUCGCUCAGCCUAUGUGUGCCGCCUUUCGUGAUGCUGAUAGGCGAGGUUGCCGUCUGGGCGUUCACAGAAGAAAACCAGAAGUCCAUCCGGGUCUGCUGCCGCCCCUGCAAUGUUCCCCAAGUGUUUAGGCGCCUCUUCCGGUUUAUAGGCGUGUUUGUGUUCGGACUCGUGACUUCAAUGGUGUUUGUAGACGUGGUGAAACUCAUGACAGGUCAGCUCCGCCCCAACUUUCUAGAGGUGUGUCGGAUCAACUCCACCCUCUGUGUGAUCAACGGCAAUGUGGGUGGGGAUGAGUUGUGUACCAAUAAGGACGAACUGGCACUAAGACACGCACGUGCGUCUUUCCCUUCAAUGCGAGCAACUAUGACCGCUUAUUCAGCAAUUUUCACUACGAUCUACAUUCAUGGAGCGUUGCGGACGCGGUCGGUGCGUGUGCUGCGGCCCUUUCUGUCUCUGGUGUUCACGAUGUUGUCGCUACUGUGCGGUCUGGCGGAAAUAGGGCUGCACCACAAUAUCUGGGAGGAUGUGGCGGUCGGGUGGGCACUGGGAGCCGUCGUUGCCAUGUAUCUCGGGUCGUACGUGCUGUACAACUUCCGGGAGUACGUGUCUGAGCGGAAGAUGAUCCGACUGCUGCACGGGUUCCUCGUGGACCACCAACUCCUCAACGAGAUCACCAAGGACGGCAAGCUUCGUCUGUUCCCGGCGUCGUUCCAUAUUCCUCGUGCACACACUCGUCCCGCACCUUACCAGAAGUUUGAAGGCAUCAAACCACAAACCACGCCCCUCGCCAUGUAUGGAGAUGGUGGAAUCGACCAAUCGGGAGAGAGAUACAGGGAAAACCCCGCUAUCGACUCACCCUAUAACGACAAUCAAAGAUUAUCUCAUCUCUGAGGAUAUUGAUAUUAUGAGCUCACUAUUCGCUUGUUUAGUCCUGUUCCAGUGGUAUAAAAUAUGUACCGAUGUUCGCAUGAGGCUGUGGCAGUGGGAUCGUCGUAAUAUAAUAAACCAGUCUCUAGAUGUCAAUUAUCUGUUUAGGAAGCCAAUUAAAGGGUUAUACUUUAACAAGAUUGGAUAAUAAAUCCUUUGACAAACAAGAGAACCUUGUUAGUAUUUACUGACAUAUGGUGUAUAACUGCUUGUGGAACACUAAUGUAUGUAUGUUUCAAUAUAAACCAUUAGUUUAUUGCUUUGGACUUUCUGUAAAGAUAUAAAAAAUGUAUUUAUUAAAUCAAUAAAAACUGUUAUAAUA